AUGAGCCGUGGCCGAAGAAAACUGUUGGUGUACGGGCUGGUCGUCGGCACGUUACUGUUGCUGGCGUACAAGCUGCGCACGUGCCCCGAACCCGAACCCCAAACCAUGUUCAUGAUGCCGAAAGACAAAUUUGUUACCGAUGAAAACAUGAAGAUCUACUCUUAUGAUCGAAAUAUGCCACUAAUAUUCAUCGGUGGCGUGCCCAGAUCCGGCACUACGCUCAUGAGAGCCAUGUUGGACGCUCAUCCGGACGUCCGGUGUGGCCAGGAGACUCGGGUAGUGCCAAGGAUCCUGCAGAUGCGCAAUCACUGGUACAAAUCGUCCAAAGAGUCACUUCGGCUGAAGGAAGCCGGAGUCUCUGAAGAAGUCAUCAACUCCGCGGUUGCUUCGUUCAUUCUCGAAGUUAUCGCUCGGCACGGGGUGCCGGCACCCCGACUGUGCAACAAAGACCCGCUGGCGCUCAAGUCCAUGGACUAUCUGAAGGUGUUGUUUCCCAACGCCAAAUACAUAUUCAUGGUUCGCGACGGCCGAGCAACCGUCCAUUCGAUCAUAUCGCGUAAAGUGACAAUCACCGGUUUCGACUUGAACAGCUAUAGACAGUGUCUGGAAAAAUGGGACGACGCCAUCGGCGUCAUGUACAAAAACUGCAACAAAGUCGGGGCCGGAUACUGUCUGAUGGUGUACUACGAGCAAUUGGUGUUGAGGCCUCGGGCCACGUUGACCGAGAUUCUCAACUUCCUGGAUAUCCCGUGGAAUGAGACGGUGCUCCACCACAAUGAAAUGAUCAACAAGCCCGGAGGGAUCGCCCUGUCGAUGGUGGAACGUUCGUCCGACCAAGUGGUCAGGCCGCUGUACCAAGAAGCGCUGACCAAAUGGGUGGGCCAGAUACCCGACGACGUGGUCAACGACAUGGCAAACAUCGCACCCAUGCUGAGCACUCUUGGGUACGACCCGGCAGCCAAUCCACCCACAUACGGCAUCCCGGAAAACGUGGCCUCACCAGAGCAUCAGUACGAGUCGAGUGCCAGUGGUGAUUCGACGAAGCAAACCACCACGCGCAAGCGGUACCUCCUAAUAUAA